GUGACAAGUAAGCUGGCAUACAGAGAGUAAGGAUCUUGUUAUCUAGGCAAUAGUCCUUAAAAUCCUGGUUAAGGUGGCUCUUAUGGCCGUCCAAGAUGAGUAGCCUGUAUCCCCCUACCUAACGCGCUCUUGUAUGCGCGUCAAAAUGCUUCAACCACUCAAGGCCAAGCGCGUUGUUUGUCCAGCUGUUCUUAGAGACAGAGAGCUUCUAAUUGUAGAUGUGGAUGCGUCCUUUGUAGAUGAUGAAAGGCAGGGUCGCAUAUCCAGCAGCGCAGAUGCUCUGUAUAACUGUAACCCACUCCCAAUCGCCUGGCUGAACAAGCUCAGGUCAAGCGCGUCUCUCAGCGCCUGUGACAACCUUUAUUAACCCUAUCACGCCCAUCUAGAACCUAGUCUUAUUAAAGUUGUGCGCGUUAUUGUUGUAGAUGCUAUACUUAGCCUUAGUACCCUCUACUAGCAUAAACUAUGCGUU